CGAGCCCGCUGCUGCUGCUUCCCGCGCACCGCGCCGAGGCGAGCUGGGCGCGGCCAGCCAUGCAAGCGCGGCGCCUGGCCAAGCGCUCCAGCCUGGGGAGCCGGCGCCUCAGCGCCUCGCCGUCAGCCGCGCAGCCUUUGCCCAAGCUCGACAACUCGUGGAGGCCGCCCCGGCGGGAGGGCUCGGCGGCCGCCCUCGAGGAGGAGGACGAAGAGGAAGACGUGGUGGUCGACGUGGAGGAGGAGGACGACGCCGACGAGGCGGAGGCGGGCGGCGGAGCGGGAGGCAGUGGCAGCCCGCCGCCGGCGGAGCACGCCGGGCCGGGCAAGGGCCACGCGGCCGCCCGGGGGAGCCUCAAGGCAACCAGCAUAAAGCGUGAAAUGACCUUCGCAGCAUUUCAGCAGGAGGAGCUAAAAAGUGAUCUGAAUCAAAAACUGUCAGACCAACAUUUUUUUCUCUUGGCGAUGAAGGAAGAGGAUUCGAAAACAGCAGACACCAAAAAACCUGGUAGAGUUCAUGAGCACGAGAAAGAAAGCACCCGCUCCAUCUGCCUUCUCGAGCAGAAACGCAAAGUUGUAUCUUCAAAUAUUGAUGUGCCUCCUGCAAGAAAAUCUUUGGAAGAACUGGAUAUGGAUAAAGUCACAGCAGCUAUGGUCCUAACCAGUUUAUCCACCAGCCCUUUGGUCCGCAGCCCUCCUGUCCGACCCAAUGAAUCCUUAAAUGGAUCUUGGAAAGAAGGAGGAUUCGUGCCUUCGAGUACCAGCAGCAGUGGAUAUUGGAGCUGGAGUGCUCCAAGCGACCAGUCAAACCCAUCCACCCCUUCGCCCCCUCUUUCUGCCGACAGCUUCAAACCAUUUCGACUGCCCUCCCAGACAGAUGACGGCAUUGACGAAGCUGAAACUAGUAGUCUCCUCUUUGAUGAGCCCAUUCCUAGGAAGAGGAAGAAUUCCAUGAAGGUGAUGUUUAAAUGCCUUUGGAAAAACUGUGGAAAAGUACUGAGCACAGCCGUCGGUAUUCAGAAACACAUCCGGACCAUUCACCUUGGGCGUGUGGGAGAGUCCGACUACAGUGAUGGAGAGGAAGAUUUUUACUACACAGAGAUACGCCUCAACACUGAUUCUGUAGCUGAUGGGUUAAGUAGCUUGUCUCCCGUCUCCCCGUCUCUAGCAUCUCCUCCUCCUUUUCCAUCACAAGAUGUGAGCAAAAGUGACCUGUCAUGUGCCAAAACAGAUGUGAAAGGGAUGACACCUCUAAGCCGCUCGGCUCCUACCAAUCUCUACCUCGUUCACUCUGACCAUGCUUACCAGGCCACAGCUCCUGUGAACAUUCCAGGAACAACAAAGUUCACUCCCAAUGGAAAUAGCUUUAGCAUCUCCUGGCAAUCGCCCCCAGUUACCUUCACUGGCAUUCCAAUUUCACCAACUCACACACGUCCUGCAGGGUGUGGAGAGCAGAAGCAGCAAAUUCAGACCGUCCUGUCAUCCCCUCCUAGACUGUCAGUUGGUCUAAGAAAACCGAGGGGAGAGGGGAAGAAAUGUCGCAAAGUGUAUGGGAUGGAGAACAGAGAUAUGUGGUGCACAGCUUGUCGUUGGAAGAAGGCCUGCCAGAGGUUCAUUGACUAAAGCAUGGAAGAAACGAUGGAGGGGUAUGGAGUGAUUUAUGGCAGGAUUUUCUCGCUUGCAGCCAGGCUGUGUGGUUUUCCUCUUCUUUUUCUGUCCACUUCCUUCAGUGCUGGCUUCUACUUUGCACUCUAAAGUGAAGUAGUUAUACCCCAAGAGAAGGACUUCUUCGAAGCCGACAUGCAGCAAUAUAGUGGGAAACAAACAAAAACAAAACCUUCAAAAAGUUUUGAAGCAGGAGCAGCUAUAUGUCUUUUUUUUUUCUUUAAAAGAAAAAAAAGAAAAGAACUCUUUUUAAUAACCUUGAACAAUUUGCCUGCUGGGACCAUGUGUUUUUUUCACACUGCAUUAUUGUCUGUGUUGUGAACUUUGGGGUGGGGGUGGGAAUCAAGUGAUACUUCUUUCCCUAAAAUGUUUAUGCACCACACAAAUGCAUAACAUAAGCUACAAUUUUAUCAAGAGCAGCUCUCCCGGGAGUGGUGAAUAUAAUUAUAAUGUGAGCAAGUCUUGAUUCAGAGGCGGGGACGUGUCCUUUAGAGGUACUAGGAUGCUGCCUUGCUGGAAAGACAAGCAUCCUUGUGAAGAAUAUUUUGUGAGAGGUCUCAAACUUGAAGCCCAAGCACAAGUCUUGUUUCUGUGCUAAAGGAGGAUACGUGGGGAGGGCAGAGGAAUCACCAGCAGGCCCAAACUAAAAAGUACAACCACAAGUGGGAAGGGAGUCAGUAAAGUUAAAUGACCUUCGGCUGAAAUAAGAAUAAGAACUUGGGUUCCAAUAUGAUCUUCCUAGAAGUGAUUGCAGGAAAAUUAUUUGUGCUAAAGGCCCUGUUAAGGAGGAGCAUGUGGACUUUUGUCAGCAUUUAUUCAGGGAUGUGACAAUCCAAACCAGCAGCUUCCUUCCCUGCCUUUUUAUAUGACAUUCUGAAAUGAACAGAUCAGUUAAAAUACAAGGCAUUAUUUCUGGGGGUAAAGGCUACAUGGAGGAAAACAGCUGAACAACAACAACAACAACAAUGCUUUCCAAUAAGUAAAAUAGGAGUGUCGCAUAGCAGUUAUAUGUGUAUAUUAAAAAAUACAUAGAGGGUAAAGUUCUUUCAAGGUCAGAAAUAAAAGGUCUUCAAGCUGCCUUGCACUUUGAUAGGUCUUGGUGCUUUAGUGUAAUUUAGUAUUGGGGUGGCGUCCAUUAGAAGGCACAUAUUAUAUUAGUGGGGUGGUGGCUGAGCGAGCUUUUGAAUAUCAGUGGGGGGGAAAUGCAUACAGGUAGAUAGAAAUUGUUUGUCUGAGCAGGCCCCACUAAAACAAAUGAGAUUGGUGCAAUAGCACAAUGGGAUGCUUGUUCUUAAAACAUCCUGAUGGAUUUUUGUCCUGUGAUAUUAACUCAGGUGGAAAAAGAAUGGUAUCCCAAGUUGGGAAAACAAGAGCAAGAGUGGGAGCCUAUGUGGAUGUCAGUCCAACUAUUGCAUGACUACAUGUCAUAGGCAAAUUUUAUUUUUUGUAAGACCACAGAUACUGGUCUGUCUACCAAUGGCUGAGGGGGGCAGCACAACAUUUAAUUGGAGCACAGCAUCUAUAGCUAGGGUUAGUCCCCACGCAAACUUUUUUUUAAAAAAAAUAGCUUUAACAAUAGGCCUCUUCCUUUGUAGGGUUCUCCACAGGUAAGCCUAAGAUUCCAAAACGAGUGUAUUUGGGAAACGUCUGGGUUGCAUCAAUAGGGUUCUCCUGUGUAAGCAGUCCCAAAAGAAAUUCAAGCAGUUUUCUCUAACACCUCCAAAGAACACAAUCCUACAGAUCUUGAGCUGAUGCAGUCAGUCUUAACAGCUGCAGGAUAAGGAUCAUGCCUUCCUGGAGAUGCGGCAGUGAAAUACAGUGGUACCUCUGGUUAAGAACUUAAUUCGUUCCGGAGGUCCUUUCUUAACCUGAAACUAUUCUUAACCUAAGACACCACUUUAGCUGCUGCCACGCCGCAGAAGCACAAUUUCUGUUCUCAUCCUGAAGCAAAGUUCUUAACCCGAGGUACUAUUUCUGGGUUAGCAGAGUCUGUAACCUGAAGCGUUUGUAACCCUAGGUACCACUGUAACAGAAGGCAUGAGUUUUAUACAAAACGGCAUUUAAAACAAAACCAAAAAUGAAUAGUGUUGUUACUACAUGGCAGCUUUUUAGAUCUAGCCUGACCAUUAAAGUUAAAAGAAAAGGUAAUAUUUGAGAGGCAGGGGAGUGAAGCUUUGUUUUUAGUUGCAUCUUCAAAUGUCAGUGGUGUUUGGCAAGGCUACCAGCAAUGCAUAGUGUUUACGUGAUCGGGAAGCUAACUGCUAAUUCCAGAGUUGUAUACCUAAUGUAACAGUCACACCCUGUGUUCAUGCUUUAAUGUGUAAUGUGUUAGGUUGCAGUCAUUCUUAUGUGUUGCUGUAUAUCUCUUGAGUGUUCACAAUGAUCUGUUUGAGGUUUACUCAAUAGGGAUCACCCAUAACCUCUGUUUGGACCUGUUGCUUGGAGACGAGUACAAACAGUAACCUACUUCCUUAAUGUUCAGGGGGAGAAAAGGUAAGGCACAGGCUUCAUUCCUAAUGUUGCAUAGGCAAUGUUUGUAGAAGGCAUGCUUGCUAAAAGACCCAGGUCCAAUUCCUGGCAUUUCCAUUAAAAAAAACCUUAAACAGGACUAUGAAAGACCUCUGCAUGAGGCCUUAGAGAGCCACUACCAUUUGGAAUAGAUAUUAUUGGCACCGAUAGGCCAAGAGUUUGACUUUGCAAUCACAUGUUUUUAGAAGAAUGAAGUACCGCAGAAAUAUUUUGCACUCAGCAAAUUCUUUAUUAUUUAAAUGUUCCAGUUGAGGUUCACAUGGUCCUGUUCUAGUUCUGUGGCAUUUUCACAGGACAAUAUUGCCAUACAAGUGGCAGAAUGAUAACUCACAUUCAAAUAAACCAUUAUAUGUCUAAAGGUCACAAAACCAGAAAGUGUAAGGGCAGAGAAUGGUAAAUAUUUAGGCUGUUGGUGGGUGGGGCGGGGGCAGGUAUUGGAAAUACAUAAUAAACUAGAAACCCACAGCUGGUAUUUCGUUGCAUGUAUUUAUGGAUACGAUUGGAAAUUCUGUUUCAGGAUGGUGGCAUAUGAUAGGGACUGUACCAAAUUAUUAUUAUUGGUGCUCUCAAAUGUUCAGAGCUGAAGUCAGCCCUUGACAUAGCUAAAUAUUCACAAGACUUGAAAACCAAUGUUUGACCCUUGAUCGUUUUAGCAUUUUUGUCAGGCAUUCUCAACUUAACUCUGCAUUCAUGAGGGCUAGAAACACUGAAACAUGAUCUUCCCAGGAUAAUGCCUGCUGAAUAUUGCCCACGACACUCUGUCUUAAUGCAAUAGCGUUCAUAAAAAUUAAUCGGCAUCAACAACUUAUUUCUCCCAUCUCCAUUUCUCUGCUCUGCAAAGCUUUCUUAUACUGUGUAUGAUUCAAGUCUUGAACAGUGGGAGUGUCCUAUGUGGCAACACUGAGAUAGGCUUUGUCUGAACUACUGUUUGCCAUAGCUAGGUUUAAGGCCAAGCUGCCCUAAGAUAGGAUUUGGUUGUUUACUCAAUUAUUGAACCACCUUAUAAGUGAUUCUACUGGACCUCUUACAGGAAGAGAAGAGCGUAAUUUUACAAUAGAACUGCUUGAGCUUGCCUUGCUGUACAUAGUAACUGCUUGUUCUAAAAUUGCUUACAACAUAACAUUCUUUUUUUAUUGUUGUAGAAUUUCAAUAGGGCUUUGAAACCCAGGAAAACCACAGAAAGUAGGUCAUUAGCUAGAAUUGUAAUUAAGCCAGCUUGUCAGGUGAGAAAAAGGCUAUACUGAACCACAGGAGGCUGCAGGCUGUUUUUUAAAAAUACUUGUUGAAGUCCAUUCAUUUAAGUGGGUCUACUCUGAGUGAAGUUUAUUUGGAUACAGCCGAGUUUUGAAUAUCCGACCAUGUCAGAGUUAGCCAUCAGAGGCCUAGAGUCUCUUGGAUGAACCCGUUGAGAACUGCCUUGUGGUUAGUGUUAUAUAUGAAAAUUACACCACCACCAAAAAAACAUGCAGUGUGGACUUGCAGCUCAGUGGAAGUUUUUAUUCUACUUUCCCUUUGAAAAACCUGCUCUUGCAUUUCAAAAGAGGUUGAGCAUGCAGUGGAAGAAAACAAAUCUGAGGCUCCUUGGACACACAAUUGUUUCUGGUUCUUUGUCACUGAUUCUAUUUGAAAUGUGGAAUAUGCUGUUGUCGACCUGAUCCCUAUUCUAAAGAUCCACCGCAUCCUAAACUUACCGUAGUUUAGGAAUCUUACCGUAGGCUUGCCCCCUAAUUGUUAUUCCCCCCCCACCCUGCCCUAUUGACUCUUAAAAAUUAUGUAAAUAAAUUAUUUUCCCUCAGGGAAGGAAAACAAAAAGAAUAGCAAUAUAGUUUUGUUUUAAAUAGAAUUGGUUGAGCACAGAGAGAGAGAUAAAAAGUUUUUGUUUUCUGGCCAGAUUUAUUCAAUAAAAUUUGGAAAAAUUAGUCCCUUGAAGUUGUUUAUAGAAACAAGCAUUUAUCUUAAUCUUGUGUAUAUUCAGUAAGGCGGGUUUUGAAAGGUGACAUUUGUUUACAUUAGGAAUUGAAUUCUAGUGGACCCUAAUUCAAUUGGCAGUUGACCGUUCUUUCUACAAUCACACUGCUCAAGUAUCUGCAACAGAAUAACCGCUCUUUUUUUUAAAGUUUAUUAUGUGCAAAUAGUGUGUCUUUCAAAGACAAAAAGGUAUUUGGACAUAGUCAAGCCAGUCAUUCCUAUGCCCUGUAGGCUCAACAUGGGAUGCCCACUUGCCCCCCCCCCCCGUGAUCCUCUCCCAAGGUAGAAAUUAAAUUCUUUCCCAGGCAAUACUGGUCUUAUCUGUACCCAAGGAGUUGCAGGAUCCACUUUCAGGCAUCUUUUCAAUCCCAAAAUGGGUAGCAGAUUCAAGGGGGUACCAAGUGUAUGAAAACUCAGUAUUGUGCUGGGGGGAAACAGGCAAGGAAGAGGCUGUAAGACAGUUUGAGGUUUGUUUCCCUUCUGAUCUGUGUUCAGAUGGGAACUUCUUACCAGAGCUUUUUUUAAUUGUUAUUUAUUUUUUCUUUAUAGAUUUGUUUUAAUGGAACUUCCUCUAGGUCAACUUCAUGUCAGCAAGAUAGAAUUUUAAAUAAAAAUGAGACUUAUUCAUAUUCCUACAUAUGAAAAUAUGGCAUAAAUGGCCUUUUUGUGGCUACACAUACAGGAAACCCAACACUCCCCCCUCCUUUUUAAAAAAAUUUUUAAAAAGGCAGUACUUUUUUAUGUGAAUGAGGGGCCACCCAUCCUUUAUCUGAGCAUAAUGUAAUACUGUUUUUGUAUAGUCCCGUUCUGUCAAACGCCUGGCCCUCAAGUCCAGUAUAUAGUGCAUGAUUCCUUUUCGUGAUCAGAGCUCUCAUAGGGAUGCUGAUCUUGCGAGAACUUUCACUUUUGCAAAAGUUUUGUAGGAAACGAAUACUAAAGUCUGCCCAGAGAGAGAGAGAGAGAGAGGUCAUUCUGUAUACAGUAUUAGGAACAUAAAAAGAGCCUGCAGGAUCAAGCCAAUGACCAGUCUAGUUCAGAGUCUUUUCCACACACACACACCAAAUUCGCCAACCAGAUGCCAGAGAGAAACUGAUUAUAAUAAAAAAAUAUAAAAAAAUCAUUCCAACCUUAGAGACCAACUAAGUUUAUCAUUGGUAUGAGCUUUCAUGUGCAUGCACACGAAAGCUCAUACCAAUGACAAACUUAGUUGGUCUCUAAGGUGCUACUGGAAGGAAUUUUGUUUGUUUGUUUCGACUACGUCAGACCAACACUGCUACCUACGUGUAACUGAUUAUAAUCAGUUUGCAAGGGUGUUUCUUGGAAAUUUGGGGUGCCCAAGUGUGAAUAUAGUAAAGGCCAGUAAGCUGCUAGGCAUUGCAGGUGUUCCAGAGUCUAUUGCACCAGACAAAGAGUAGGAGUGGAUUGGCAGACAAAUUAGAGUCAGGCGGGUUGUCUGAGGAAAAGAGGUUUCUGAGCAUCAUCGUUCUAUGUGAUUUUCUGUCUUGGGAGUCCCUAGUUCAGCAAAACACUUAAGCUCACGUUUAAUUGAACUUGCUUAUGUUUUUUUUUUAAAUUAGGACCACUUAACAAUGAGGCUGAGUCCCUUACACUAUUAGGGUGCUAGAAUGUGACUAAUUAUAUUUCUAAUAUUGUAUUUAUACAUUUACAUUGCACGACAAUCUGGAUUUUUUGAGGUGCCAUGCCAUUUGUUGUCUAGGUCCAGAAAGCUUUUUUUCCUCCCACAAUUUAUAUAUAUAUAAGGGAGAAGUAAUUAAAGAUAUGCCAAGAAGUAGCCAGCUUCAUUGACUCUUUAUAAAAUAUUGUAAAAUUAACGUGUCUCGUGGUGGUCUUCGUGUCUGAGAUAUGCAGUAGUUAUAGCAAAAAUUAAAUAAAAAAGGAAAGCGACAACAGCCUUACUGAAUGGUGCAAUAUAGAUUUUCUAUUAAACAAAGGGCUAUCUUGCUGAAGAAAAGUAUAAGCCACUGUGAAUAAUAAUAAUAAUAAUAAUAAUAAUAAUAAUAAUAAUAAUAAUAAUAAUAAUUUAUUAUUUAUACCCCACCCAUCUGGCCGGGUUCCCCCAGCCACUCUGGGCGGCUUCCAACAAAACAUUAAAAUACAGAAAUCCAUCAAACAUUAAAAGCUUCCCUAAACAGGGCUGCCUUAAGAUGCCUUCUAAAGGUCUGAUAAUUGUUAUUCUCUUUGACCUCUGGUCAAUAAUUCUGCAGCAUCUUACUAGCAAGUCUGCAUAGCCAGAACUUUUAGCCAAUUUAAUAGGUUUCCAAAAUUUGAAUAGGGAUGUAAUUUGAAAAUCCGUUUCAGAGAGGGAUUUUUCUCGUCAUUGUCAGUUUGAAUCCUAUUCUCAGGGCCAUAUGUCCCAUAGGAAAGGAAGGUUAACUAGUAUUUGAGUCCUGAAAAAGUCUUGUCUUUUUGUCAUAAACUGGUCUCUGCCUAGUUCUGGCUUUUAGACAACAUGAAGGUAGCUUAAAAUUUGCUGGUUUCAAAUCUGCUGGUUUCAAAACAUACUUUGGAUUGACCCACAGUCCUAGGUAAUGAUUAUUUGUUUUUAACCACAAGACUGAAGGCUUUUCAAGCAUCAUAAGGAAUUAUCUUUUUUCUCUCUUACAUUCUUCAAAGGAAAAAGAAAAAAUGCUAUCUAAAACCCCUAACGUUCACCAAAGAUUAAAGAUCCAGGGAGCAGGUUAUCUUGUCGUUGCUCUCUUUUUUUACCAUUGAUGUUCUAUUGUUAUGGAUCUCGAGGAAGGUCAGUGUGCAGACAAAAAUACAAGCUAUGCUUGUAAAGAAUUUGAGCCAAGAUGAAGUCUUUUUUUUAUCAGAAAGCCCUGAUUAGGGAUACAGUAGUCAUGCAAUUUAGGUUAUCAAUAUCAAAUACCUUAAAAUGCACUCAUGUUGUACAAAGGUGGCAGUACUUUGCAUCAGGUGAACAGAUUUCUGGUGGGGAUGGAGAACAGAGGCUAACUAUUUAGCUGAAUACCACCCUAUUUUCCAAGUACUUAGAUCAAGCUUGUGGCUUAAUUACACAGAGUAAAUUAAUGAACAUGGUCUGUUCUAAUUGUCAAGCUUUGAUUAAAUAUUUGGAUUGAUAUUAUAUUAUAUUGAUACUAUUCUGGAGAUCCCGAGUCAUAAGAUGGCUAGAUUGGCCUCUACUAGAGCCAGGGCCUUUUCAGUACUGGCCCCCACCUGGUGGAACGCUCUUUCCCAGGAGACCAGAGCCCUGCGGGAUUUGUCAUCUUUCCGCAGGGCCUGCAAGACAGAGCUGUUCCGCCUGGCCUUUGGGUUAGACUCAGCCUGACCCCUGUGUUUUCCUCCCCCAUGGCUUGGAUUUAUGGCCUACUUGAAAUGAGGCUGCAAUUUAAAUUUUAAUACUGUAUUUUAAUCUGUAUUUUAAUUAAUUGUUUUUAUGUUUUAUUGUAAUUCUGUUGGUGUCAGCCGCCCUGAGCCCGGUUAUUGACUGGGGAGGGCGGGGUAUAAAUAAAAAUUUAUUAUUAUUAUUAUUAUUAUUAUUAUUAUUGAUAUAGUAAAAGCUUCCUCAGGUUGCAAUAAUGGCACCAGUCCAUCCUGACAAAGAGUAGCAAGCCUAAUUAUAAUUUACAGUGGAUCCCCCCCUUAUCCUAAAAAAAAGGAACUUUGUUUUACUCCAGAAAGGUGGUCAUUUUCUUUUAAAAGGGGGGGGAUAGGGGAGAAACCAUUUUGUACUUAGAAAAUAAUAUGUAUCUGAAGUCUGGGAUCCUAAGUUCAUAUUUGGAAAUAAGUUACAAAUGAAAUAGUAGAGCUGAUUUUCAGACAAAAUCGGUAAGGGCUGCAGCUCCUGUCAUUUGCUGGGAAUAAGUAUUUAAAUAUGUGCUUUAAUGUCAACAAGACAAACUAUAGACUGUUAGGAACUGUCUGUAAGUUGAGGCUAAGAACCUGAAAUCCAAGCUUUCCGUUUUCUUACAGUUAUUUGAGAUUCUCUUUAAAUGUUUAGAUGUAGAUGUUUUAAUCAGAUUCUGAUGUUGUGGAAAUACCUUGGUUCUGACGAAGGUGGCACAGGCCUGGUUUGAAUGCAGCGUUGCCUGUUUUGCAAACCAUAGUUGGUGAAGACAAGAACAAGGGUCAAGCCUGCAUACUCUUCCCCCUCCCCUCCUCUUGAGCAUUGGCUUCAGUGUGGAGAUCUUGGUUUGCUUUUAAAUCAGAGUUCAGUGUCCAAAACAGGAAACUGCUUUAAUAUCAGUUUACUAACAGAGGUAUUAAAUCAGAAGACAACCCUGGGCAACCUGUCUGAAUCCAACCUACUUUUUAUUUUUUGACAGACGUGGCAAAGUUGCAACCUGUACAUAUAUUCAACAGAGGCCAGCUCAGCAUGUAAACUUCACUAAACAAAUCAACUUGUGAGGUUAGCCUAGGAGGGGAAAGUUUGCCUGGCUCUCGACAAGCUUGGAAACCUAGGCUGUAGUCUACAAAACUACUUUGCUGAAGUUCUCUUGCAGAUUUUUGCUGAACUUGAGUUUUAUAGCUGCAGCCACUGUUGAAUGUCUAUGCUAAUUCAACUUUUAUCUCCUGUUUCUGUCUCAUGUCCAUCUCUGAGCUACGUUGCAGCUUAUAGAAGUUUUGACUUAUUUGUGAAUUAUGCUCCUAGCCUUCACAUGUGAGAAGAUAUGUUUUAAUAUGCAUGUUCGUCAGGUUCGGAGCUUUCUAGAAGAGAAGUGUAAGAGAUUUCCAUACCCUUUUUCUCCCUGUCAAGACUGUAUUGCUGCUGAAAAUGUAUAAUUUUAGUGAAUGUUGGAGAGGCACAUGGUACAAAAUAAUAAGCUUUCUUUUUUCGGGGGAAAAGCUAAGUUCCAAAGUGUACAUGGAAUACAUGUUAUCAAGCACACUUGGUAAGCGCAAAAGCACUAGUUUAUAUUUAAGAAAUUGACAGCACAAUCCUAACCAUGUCUACUCAGAGGUAAAACUUACUGAAUUCCAUGGGGCCUAUUCCCAGGUUAGGAUUGCAGCCUAAUAUGUCAAUCUUAAAUGUUUAAUUCAUGUGUUCAGUUUGGUUUUCUAGCGAUUACUUGCAGAGUUCUAUAAAACUGCAGUAUAUUUAUAAAGAAAGAAAAAAACGACCUGUUAACAAAAAGCUCAUUGGGAAUAUCACUUUAAAUUGAACUAGUGGAUUCUAAUAACAAAAAAGGUUUCAAGAAGGAAAUGUAGUUAAUAUUAUUCAGUUACUGCAGGGAUCGGGAACUUUUUCAAGACCUAGGGCCAUGUCCCCUUCUGGGAAAGUUCCCAGGGGAGAAUGGGAUCUGAGGCAAAAAGCAGGCAGAGCAAGAAAUGCGAAUUUUAUAGGCUAGCUUCUACACAGACACUCCUCAUCCUAUAUUCUCAACCCAGGCAAACAAGAGGCACUAUCAAAGUUCAAGGAUGCAUUCAAGGCAGGCAGAAACACAACACUCAGUUGUAGGGCCAGCAAGGGGGUGUAGCCUGUGGAAAGUCCUGAGGGCCCCCACCCCUGAGGUUCCCUGCCCCGGAAUUACUGCUUCCACAGUUAACGUUUGCAGGAUAACUUAUUUAUGUCUCCUCCCAGAAGACUCUAUGGGUUUUAAUGAAUGUAACUGUAAAACUAUGCAUUUUUCAUAAGAACAUGUGUUACGAUAUACCGGUUUAGAAAUAUUCCUAAAGGUCUACUAAAAUGGUUAAAUGUCGCCCAUGGUGAAUUGCUUGAAUUUCCAUUCUUGGCACACUUAAAAUUCUGCUUUAGAGGGACGAGAAGGAAUGGCGUCGUGGAAGAAAUGUGUGUUUCUCUCUCUCUCUAGGUAAUGCAGUUUUAAGACAAAGGGAAAGCAAGCAAGUGAACUGCUUUCAUGUCCCAUUUAUUUUUAGGCAGGAGACUUGGGUGUUUGCCGGUGAGUCUUAACAGUGUGCAGUGCAUGGUUUUGACUGGGUUGUGCCCCAUGUUUUUAUAUUAACUGUGAGCAGCAUUUAGUGGCCUGUCCAUUCUACAUCCUGCUCUAUCAGCGACUGUGUACAUUCAGCCCUGUGAGUGGUUACUUGAAACUAGUUGCCAUAGAGAGUCGGGCCAGUCUUCCCCACACUGAUGCCUUCAAUAUAUUUUAGACUAUGACCAUCAAUUCCAGCUAGCAUUGCUGCACUGGGUAGGAUUGAUUGGGAAGUAAUAGUCCAAAAUAUCUGGAUAGGCACUAGGUUGAGGAAGUCUGGGUUCAAAUACCACCAGCCAAUUUAAGAAGUAACUUUUGAAAACCUUGUCAAGAUUCUGAAUAUGCAGUUGUAACGGAGCAGAGUUGCAGAGUAAAAAUGGCAUUGUUAAGUUUUAUUUUUUUACUGUAGUGUUAAUGAGUUAAAAUCCUGCCAUGUUUUAUUGUAAACACAGUGCCAAAUAUUUCCUUUUGCCUGAUUAACAAUACAGUUUUAGGAAAACUAGCAUCCGUCCAAUACAGGAUGAAAGUCUCUUGCUAGUCUCCUAGGACUCGAGUUAUACAAUAAGAUGUUCUCACAACUGGGGAUCUAUGCAGAUUUGGAGGAAUCUGCCUGCAAACAUCAUACUGAAGUGCUGAGCCUUGGACAAUGCACAGAUAGAGCUACAAUUACUACAUUACUAGAGGGCUUUUUCAUAGUAGUAUAUUGUGCUCCCCGCGCCAAGGAGGUGACUUUAGGUUAGCCUCAGAUUAGAGUCAAGCAUACCUCGGAGCAGGGAGUGGAAUUUCAUCCACCAAAAUUCAGCAUGAAUCUAUCUGGGGAAUAACUGCGGCCUACCUCUAGUCUGACACGGGGACAGGAGGCAACUUAUCCCUAGGCGAAUGCUGCAAAAAAUUACUAACGUGUUUCAGGACCUGUAAGACUAUGUCAUAUGCCUGCGGUUUCACUUCCACUGGAAUCAGUGGAGCUCCUUCCAAAGAAUGCAAUGAGAGUGAGUCAUCCUUUGGUUUUCAAUAGGAGUCUCUUUUAUUGUCUGUUUUAAUAUGGGGAAUUCACUUUAUAAAUAUUUGAAAGAGAGCUUCCAAUUUUGGCACUAAUGGAAAUACUGGAUACUUUUAAUAUAUAUUUAGAAGGUUAUUUGAAAAGCAAAAUGGUCUGUCUUUUUAUAUAAUUUUUAGCCAGAUACAUAUACUCUGAUUACUACUUCUGUGGAUUCCUAUCAGACUGUAAGGGGGGGGGGGACUAGUUCAGGUUUCAAAACCCGGGAGGUAGGGGACAGGGGAACUGACUGUUUUGAAGUGCUUUGCUAGUUUUUAGUAUAUUGUGUGUUUGUAUAUAAAUAUAUCUAUAUACAGUAUAAAGACAUAUAAAAAUAGGUCUGUAAGGUUCAGUGUUUUGUGUUUUUAUCGCUGUACUCUAAGGAAAUAAAAUGUGUUUUGUAUUGCUUUAUGAAUUAAUUACAAAAGGCUUUAUGCAUUGAUCAAAAUGUUUUCUAGCUAUUUUACACCAGAAGUUGAUAAAUAACUCUAAUCCUAUGUAAAUUCACAACAUUGAGUUUAGAAGUGGAAUUUGAGAUUUUUAAGCUGGCUCUGAUGGCACCAGAUAAAAUGCACUUUCUUUGUGGCAUGUAAUAUAUUUUGCUCUCAAUGGGCUUUAAAACAAAAGACCACAACAUGUUUACAUCUUUUCUUGUGCCCUCCUCGUCCCCUCCUUCCUUUAUAAUAAUUGCAAAAAAAUAUUUCCUAUUUGGGGGGGGGGGACAAACAAAUAUCUGAGUUACUGAAGUAACAUUGUUCAAGAACGGAUUGUUGGGAAUAGAUUAGUAUGUUGGUUUUAAAAAAAACAAAUCAUUUUAGUGAUAGUCUUCAGUAUGUGAGCUCUAUUUUGUGAUGCUUGGUUGUGGCAAAUAUGCUGUUGCUUAUCUAGUCUAAAUAUCAUUGCUUUCUUGUAUUUUACUGUUAAUGGCUAUUCCAUAAGUUGCACUUGCCUGAACUGAGUCAGAAGAAGUCUUGCGGAACUAUUGAGACUGUUACGAUGUCCAGAAACAUUACUUAAAUGCACUUAUAAUUGAUUUACUACCAUGCAGUAUGUUGAACUGUUUCAUGUAAUAAAGGCAUUUGUUGUAUAAACUUUGUCGUGGGGGCCUGUUUUCCUUGAGCUACUUAUUUUUGUGCUGAAACAAAAAAAUAGGGGGGACAAUAGCAAAGGCAGGGGAACACACAGCCGAAUCUAAUGUACUAAUCUACUUAUGGAAACAUGGAAUUUAAGUAAUUGAAAGGGUUCAAAAGUCCAACACAUUUUUUAAGUGAUGGCUCUUCUUUGGGACGGAUUACAAAACGAUGGAUGGGUAUAAAGACAAGACCAAAAAAGCAAACAAAACCCAAUAGUUUUAAACACCAAUAUUUGUCCAUAUGUUAUAAUGAUUUGAGAUAGCUCUAAUUUGUAUACGCUAGAUCCGUUACCCUAAUGGAAGGGAAGCGAGACUUAAAUAUUUUGAUACACAAUUUUCCUUCAUGUUUGGAUAGUCCUAAGAAGCAAGUAUUCUUGCGCAAGUACAGCUACACUGCAGACCACUACUGUAAUAAAAACUCCCUUUGCUCAACCGUGUACACCAUGGGUAGGCAAACUAAAGCCCGGGGGCCGGAUCCAGCCCAAUCGCUUUCUCAAUCUGGCCCCUGGUGGUCCAGGAAUCAGUGUGUUUUUACAUGAGUAGAACGUGUCCUUUUAUUUAAAAUGCAUCUCUGGGUUAUUUGUGGGGCGUAGGAAUUCAUUCCCCCAAAAAAUAUAUAGUUCUCCCCCCCCCAUGGUCUGAGGGACAGUUUGCUGACCCAUGGUGUACACCAUGCAGGAGUGCCGGCUUGACCCCACAGCUGGGUUACCCAGGGCCAGGCACGCUGCCAUGCAGUGUGCAUGGCCCUGACACCUAAAUUUGUGGGUGCCAGGCACCGAUGACACCAUGAGAUACUAAGUUCUGUGUAUCCUAUUCAAAGUGGUACCCAGAUAUUGGAGUAAGACACACCUGCAAUAAUCUUCUCCAUUCACAAGCCUUUUGCACUUUUACCAGUCUGGCAUGAUAGGACAGGCACCUGCUAGUGUUGCACCAGAGGGAGUCAGCCCAGCCUCACACACCAGCAUGGAUUUCCUGCAACUGGCUCCUCUAUACCCAGCACAGCAGCACCUAGAACAAAAAGACAUCUCACUUUAAAACCAGCUGGAAAACCCGUCCUACUAAAUACAUGUAAAACCAUCUUAUUAUAUACAUGUAUUCGUUGAGCAAAUCUUUAUCGUAGGUUGCCCUCUUGUGGUUAGAAAGUGUGUUUGCAGCUUUAAAAUCCCUAAAACCGCUAUUUACAAAGCAGCUAACGCCUGUCCUCUUUCCAAAUAAUCCAUACAACUGGCAGUGCUGGUGGUGCUGAUAGGAACUGCAGCCUAGUUAACAUCUGCAUCCAUUCUCACUAAAUUAAAUGCUAUUAAAUGUCACAUUCUCACUAAAUUAAUUGGAGCAAGAGCACAGAAGGAUUCUACCUCAGAACCUGCUUGGACGGUCGGAGCUUAGCUCCAGGGCCUGUGGCAUCAUAAGGAAAGUGAGUGAUGUUGAUACCUCUGGGCUGUAGGAGGCAGGACUACCACAUCAGAAGAUGCCAAUUCCAGAAAGGAUGGAGAUUGUGCCCCCCCUCUCUCUCUAAGGUAAAGGUACCCCUGACCGUUAGGUCCAGUCACGGACAACUCUGGGGUUGCGGUGCUCAUCUUGC